UAACGCUCCCCUUUUAUAUUGAAAAAUGAGUUUACUUGGACUCCUUGUUUUUAUUUCAUCUUUAUCUUCUUUUUCCUUCUUCAAUAUAUAUAUAUAUAUAUCGGUUGAAUGGUCUUCAAUUUCUAUAUCGUCAGUCUAAGAUGGAGACCACCAAAAUUGGUCAUCGACGAAGAAGUGCUGUCAAGAAAUUUAUCUGCAUUUUUGCCAAAUACAAUAGUAGAGGAUCGGAUCGGUCAAAUUCGUCGUCUCGUUCGAAAUCACUGUCCAUCUCAUCAUAUUGAUUUCUACAUCUUUCUACUUGCUGUAGUGUGUAUCGUAUGCUCUGCUAUAUUUACCUUUAUUGCGAGAUCACUUAAUAUUUCAAUGUGGUGUCCACUUAUACUCCUUUUGGUUCCAACCGGAUUAAGUUUCUGGACAAGUAAAAGGCGUUCUACAUUGAUUAUCAAGAUCAAAGAGUUUGAAAGUAGGCUGAAAAAGACAUUGUAUGAAUUCAACACAAAUGAUUCGAUUCAUCACAUACAUUGGUCGUUAGAAAGAGUUCCCAUUGAACAAGCACCCUGUAGGUCAGCUAGAUUUUGUUUAAUGAUUCAUAUCACGGAGUUGGAUCCUGAAAUGGGAAUAUAUAAUACAAAUGGAGAAGAGCUGCCAACAUAUCAAGUCGCUACAAAUAAUAUAUUAUUACCACCAAGUUAUCAUGAACUGUUAUUAAUAAGACCGCCCGAGCCAGCUGUUUUAUAAAACACUUUUUUCCUUCCUUUUUCUUUAUAUACCAUAUCAUUAUUUAGGGAGGGGUUAUUAAAAAUAUAAUAAUAAAAAUAAUAUAUAAAAAAAAAGUAGCAAACUCGUUCAAUCUUUCUUUUCGACUACUGAUUCAUUUAAAAAAGGUUGGGCAUGCUUUCUGUACAUUGGCCAAGGAGGGACGACAACCUAUGAAUUCAACAUUAAACCUUUUAGUUGCAUACAUCA